AUGGAACCGGGCAAGAAACCGCUCUCUUCAAUGGCACCGUCUAUAGUUACAGAUGAGAAUGGCGAUGUCAAAAUAGUGGUCGGAGCUGCUGGAGGAUCCAAAAUCACAACUGCUGUAGCUCAAAUGAUAAUGCGAGUUUUAUGGUUCGGAGAAAACGUCAAAGAAGCUACAGAUGCUCCAAGAAUUCAUCAUCAGUUGCUUCCCAUGCAAGUCGAAUACGAAUAUGGAACAUUAGAACAAGUUGUUAAUGGACUUUUCACAAUUGGACACAAACUUAGGAGAAAUGGUGGAUCUAUUGUGUGUACACUUUUGAAGGAAGCAAAUUACAUAGUAGGCAAUGCUGAUCAUAGAAAAGGCGGUGAAGUUCAUGGAAUAAUGUGA